UGGGGGGGGGGCAGAGCUGCAAUUUUUGCCCUCCUGCAAUUCCCGACGAGGAUCCUCUGUUUUUUUUCCUUCUUCUAAAAAUAGAAAAAAAUAUAGAUAUAUAAUACAAAUAUUCCAAGCCCUCCGAUCUGAGCCUCCCUGGAUGUGUUUUUUUUAGAGGGGGCAGGAGAAAAAAAAUAUGUCGGUCUGUUUUGUAGAAACUGAUCAAGACUCGGUGGCGUUGAAAGCUUUGCAGAAGUUUUCCAAGAUGUCCAGUGACAGGCAGAGGUCAGAUGACGAAAGUCCAAGUACUAGCAGUGGGAGUUCAGAUGCAGAUCAGAGGGACCCACCAGCUCCUGAACCUGAGGAGCAAGAAGAGAGAAAGCCUUCGGCUACCCAACAGAAGAAAAACACCAAACUCUCCAGCAAAACGACUGCCAAGCUCUCCACUAGUGCUAAAAGGAUUCAAAAGGAGCUGGCUGAAAUAACCCUGGACCCACCUCCGAACUGCAGUGCUGGGCCUAAAGGUGAUAACAUUUACGAGUGGAGAUCUACUAUCCUCGGUCCCCCGGGUUCUGUGUAUGAAGGUGGUGUCUUCUUUCUGGAUAUCACGUUUUCAUCCGAUUAUCCAUUUAAACCACCAAAGGUUACGUUUCGCACUAGGAUCUAUCACUGCAACAUCAACAGUCAAGGAGUCAUCUGUCUGGAUAUUCUGAAAGACAACUGGAGCCCUGCUUUAACUAUUUCAAAGGUCUUGCUGUCUAUUUGUUCUCUCUUGACAGACUGCAAUCCUGCUGAUCCUCUGGUAGGAAGCAUAGCUACUCAGUACCUGACCAACAGAGCCGAGCAUGACAGGAUAGCCAGGCAGUGGACCAAGAGAUACGCAACAUAAGCCACGCCCCGACGGCUUGGUGUGCGGCGCCAAGGUGCACGGAGGCAGCCCCUGCAGUGUGCAACCGAUCUUUAUAGCCUUUACAAUACGGACUUCUGUGUAUAUGUUAUACUGAUUCUACUCUCUGCUUUUAUCCUUUCAAAGACGGGGAUAUCGCUUCCCCUCGACCCUUAACCCCUCCCCUCCCCAACCACGAGAAACAGAAAGGAAAAGGUAAACGCUAUCCAGAGUAGAACUUUGUAGCUGUAGAUUAGUUAUGUUUAAAACGCCUACUUGCAAGUCUUGCUUCUUUGGGAUAUCAAAAUGUAUUUUGUGAUGUAACUAAGGAUACCGUUCCUGAAGUCAACCAAAUAUUAUAGUGCAUUUUAGCCUAAUUCAUUAUCUGUAUGAAGUUAUUAAAGGUAGCUGUAGAUUACUAGGAAAUUACGUCAUUUGUAUUAAGCCCAGAUCUAUUUCCGAUAUGUGGUACAUGCUGUUGUGAAAACUGUUUUAAACUUCUACCUUCGUCGGUUUGUAAUGAAAGGGUUCCCCCUCCCCUCUUUUUUUCUUUUUUUCUUUUCCUUUCACCCCCCUUUCCCUCCCAUCGCCACCACCUUGUAGCUCAGAAGAGAGCAUCCACUGUAUCAUCUCAAACACAAAUAAACAUGUUCCCCCCAAGGAA